UAUAUGACGUCACGUGGCGAGCUGUAGCUAGCCAUCGAAGUGCAUGUGGAAAGAGUGUAAAAGGUUAGAGUGAACGCGUGACCAGCUGGGGAAGAUAGCUGCAGGGACAGACGGCAAACGAUGUCGGCCAAGACAAAGAAUAAAAAAGAGGAAGAAAAUGGGGCGGCCGACGAUAUCGCAGAGAUCGCGGAUAUGGAAAUUAACGAAGAGCCAUCAGUCAAGAAGCUCACGCACAAGGAGAAGAAGAAGCUGAAGAAGCAGCAGGAGUAUGAGAGGACAAUAGAGAUGCUAACGAAGACUGGUGGCCAAGGUCACAGCGAAUUGGAGUCUAACUUCACGGUCUCGCAGAGCCAGACGCAGCAGCGCGGCACUCAGCAGCUGGACAAUGCGGUGGACAUCAAGGUUGAGAAUUUCAGCAUAGCAGCUAAAGGCAAGGAACUCUUCACCAAUGCCAGUCUGCUCAUAGCACAAGGCAGACGUUAUGGUUUGGUUGGACCCAAUGGUCAUGGCAAAACUACUUUACUUCGCCAUAUAGCUAAACGAGCCUUCAAUAUUCCAUCCACUAUAGAUGUUCUAUAUUGCGAACAAGAAGUUAUAGCAGACGAUACUCCAGCUGUAGACGUUGUGCUCAAUGCUGAUGUAAAGUGUAAGGAACUCCAGGCUGAAUGUAAAAAGUUAGAAGAAUUGUCGGAACAGGGUGAUUCUACUGUGCAAAGUAGAUUACAAGAGGUUUAUGAAGAGCUGAAGGCCAUUGGAGCAGAUUCGGCAGAGCCACGGGCUAGAAGAAUUCUCGCCGGUUUAGGAUUUAGUCGUUCGAUGCAAAACCGUGCGACGAAGAACUUCUCCGGUGGCUGGCGAAUGCGCGUGUCACUCGCAAGGGCUCUCUUCUUGGAGCCGACGUUGUUGUUGCUGGACGAACCCACGAAUCACUUGGACUUGAACGCGGUGAUCUGGCUGGAUAACUAUCUGCAGGGCUGGAAGAAGACUCUGCUGAUCGUGUCGCACGACCAAAGCUUCCUGGAUAACGUGUGCACGGACGUGAUACAUUUAGAUCAGCAAAAACUUUUCUAUUAUAAGGGAAACUAUAGCAUGUUCAAAAAAAUGUACGAGCAGAAGAGGAAGGAGAUGAUAAAGGCGUACGAGAAGCAGGAGAAGCGACUGAAAGAUCUGAAGGCGAGCGGGCAGAGCAAAAAGCAGGCUGAGAAAAAGCAAAAGGAGGCGCUCACUAGGAAGCAAGAGAAGAACCGAACGAAGAUGCAGAAGCUGGAGGAGGAUACCGGGCCUACGGAAUUGUUGCAGAGACCAAGAGAAUAUAUAGUGAAGUUCAGCUUUCCAGAUCCGCCGCCACUUCAGCCUCCAAUCCUCGGUCUUCAAAAUGUAAGCUUCGCGUACGCAGGACAAAAACCACUAUUUAUCGAUGCAGAUUUUGGAAUAGAUCUGAAUUCUCGAAUAGCGAUAGUAGGACCCAAUGGGGUCGGCAAAUCCACGUUCUUAAAAUUACUGAUGGGCGAUCUGACAUCUCAGAAGGGUGAACUUUCGAAGAACCAUCGACUGAGGAUAGGCAGAUUCGAUCAGCAUUCUGGUGAACAUUUGACGGCCGAGGAAACUCCAGCAGAGUACCUGAUGCGCCUGUUCGAUCUGCCAUACGAGAAAGCGCGCAAACAGCUGGGCACGUUCGGCCUCAGUUCUCACGCGCAUACCAUCAAGAUGAAAGACUUGUCAGGUGGGCAAAAAGCGCGCGUAGCUCUCGCCGAGCUCUGUUUAAACGCGCCGGAUGUGGUAAUCCUGGAUGAACCGACCAACAACCUCGACAUCGAGUCCAUUGACGCGCUGGCUGACGCCAUCAACAACUACAAGGGUGGCGUCAUCAUUGUCUCGCACGACGAACGAUUGAUCCGAGACACGGAGUGCUGCCUCUACGUGAUUGAGAAUCAGCAGAUCAACGCGAUCGAUGGCGACUUUGACGACUACAGAAAGGAACUGCUCGAGAGCCUGGGCGAGGUCAUCAACAACCCGAGCAUAGCUGCAAAUGCUGCCGUUCUACAAUAAUCAUCGACCGAUUAGCAUCACCAUCUUUUAGUAGCCUGUGACGUAAAAAUAAUUGCCAGAUUGAAGCCUUCGGAGGGACACCUGGGUGUCCUACAACUGUCAGAGUCGAAUUUUGUAUUAUAAAUAUACCGAUUGUGAUCGGCUGUAAAAACAAAUAUUGCUAAGAAUAAAAUGGAAGGGAUGAUGAUGCUUUAUUUUGAUCACAAUUGACAAAUGUUGACGUUGCAUCAAUUCUUAUUUCAUUUAUAAAUAUGUAUAACAAAGUUCUACAUUGAAGCUAAUAGUAAAAAGAUUAUUCUUAAACAAAUUUGGAACUAAUAAAUCGACUUAAAUAAAGUAAAUAAAUUUAAAGGAA